GAUUCAGGUGUUCCAAUCCCCUCCAUGGACACAGGUGUAUACAGUCAAGCCCCUAGACAUGCAGACUGCUUCUACAAACAUUUGUGAAAGAAUGGGUCGCUCUCAGGAGCUCAGUGACUCCAAGCGUGGUCCCGUGAUAGGUUGUCACCUGUGCAAUAAGUCCCUCCGUGACAUUUCCUGGCUACCAAAUAUUCCACGCUCAACUGUUAGUGGGAUUAUAACAAAGUGGAAGCAACUGGGAACAACAGUUCAGCCACAAAGUAGUAAAAUGACAGAGCGGGGUCAGCGCAUGCUGAAGCACACAGUGCGCAGAAGUCACCAACUGUCUGCAGAGUCAAUAGCUAAAGACCUCCAAACUUGGUGUGGCCUUCAGCCAACAGUGUGUAGAGAGCUUCAUGGAUGGGUUUCCAUGAGCAGCUGCAUUUCCAUAGGCGGGGGUCAGCGCAUGCAGCACACAUGUCAGUUGUGGUGUAAAGCACGCCGACCACUGGAUUUUAGAGCAGUGGAGACAUGUUCUCUGGAGUGAUGAAUGACACUUCUCUGUCUGGCAAUCC